AUAAUUCCAAUUCAUUUGUCAAAUCAAUUGAAGUAGUGAUACCACCUGAGCAUAAAACAGGAAGAGGAUUUAAAAAUUUAACAAAAUGUCCCGUUAAAUUAUUUGCAGAAAAACACAAUUUAAUUAUUCAUGAAGCACCUUUAAAAGCUCUUUUUAAAGAUUGGAGGGUUCCAAAACCAAAUGAUAAUCUAUCAUCGCAAUUUGAUAUUGGAGUUGUAGUAUCUUUUGGAUAUUUUUUGACUCCUUCAAUAUUAGAUUCUUUUUUAAACGGUUCUAUUAAUGUUCAUGCCUCUCUAUUACCAAAAUAUAGAGGAGCAUCUCCUAUUCAAUAUGCUAUUUUAAAUGGAGAUGAAGAAACCGGCGUUACCAUUCAAGAACUUGAUUAUAGAAUAUUUGAUGCAGGAAGAAUUAUCAGAUCAAUAAAAAUUCCAAUUCCUUUUAAUUCAACUUAUUUAAUACUUGAAAAUAUACUUGCAUCCAAAGGAGCCGAAUUGUUAAUUGAUACUUUGAGCAAUUAUAACCAAUACAAAAGAUUGGCAAGUGAUCAAGAUGCUUCUAAAAUUUCUAAAGCACCAAAAAUUACAAAAGUUAUGUCAGAAAUUAAAUGGAAUCAAAUGUCAUCUUUACAAUUGGAUAGGCUUUAUAGGGCUAUUUCACAUCAAAAUGAAUUAUUAAUUAAAGAUUGGAUUAAUGGAUAUAGAGUGAUUAGUGGAAUGAAAUUUGACGAUUAA